UUACGGUUUUAAAAACACUAUGUGUUUUAAUGACUGAAACUUAUUAUAACUAAAUAAACCUCUAAUUUAAAUGAACGGUUGUGGUAGCUAACGUUAGUAAGAAAACGUCAGAGGAAACCAAUUGGUGAACUAAGUUAAUGUCAACAGAGAUGUUGCCAGACUAAAACAUAACAAGUCUAAUGUUUGUUUUGAUAUCUAAUCGCUUAUUUUUAGCAUAUCCAGCUCAUUUGCUUGGCUAUUGAAUUUCCACUUAAACGAUUCUGUCCAAAAUAGAUAUUAAAUCUUUGGUUUCUCAGACAACAGCCUUGUUUAGAUUAUAUAUAGAGCUUUUGAAAUAUUAAACGUUGUUCUGGUAUGCUGUUUGAAGGUUUGAAAUCAUGUCGAAGGUGUCUAUGGGUAAAGUACUGCUCCGAAAUGUCAUCAGACACACAGACGCCCAUAACAAGAUUCAAGAGGAGUCUGAGAUGUGGAAAUUGAGGGAUCUUGAGCGACAAGCCUCGUCUGCUAAUUCACCAAAGCAGAGGGGCCGCAUGCACUGUGACCGUUACUUGAAUGACUCCGAGGGAUCCAUGCGAGAGCGGCUUGGAGACAAGAGAGAUGAGAUGUCUGAGAGAGACGAGAGGGAAGCUCGAUACUGGACCCGAAAACUGUAUGAGUUUGAAGCCAAUGAUCCUGACAGGUGGGGCCACAGUGGCUUUAAGGAGCUUUAUCCAGAGGAAUUUUAUCCUGAUGGGGAAAAAGACCACAGCAGUAGUAAACACAAAAAGAAAAAACACAAGAACAAACUAGACGCUGACAUAGAGAAAUCUUCCAAGAAGUUGUCUAAGAAGAAGAAAAAGAAAAAGGAGAGGAAGAGAAGGAAGACUGCUGCCUCAGGCUCUGAGACCUGCAGCGAUGCAGAGGACACCGUCAGGAGGAAACAGAGGAGGAAGGGAGGUAAGAGCAAGCGGAGAAAAAAGGAGCACAAAAACAAAGACAGAACCGAGGACAGCGACACAGACGACAGCCAUUCAGACACAAGGACAAGAACGCACAGGAAGAGAGACUGCCCUGAAACAGACACGCUGACUGAACCUCUGAGGAAAAAGCGGAAAAACUGGAAAGUGGCGAUUGAGGAGAGAUCAGAGGAGAGCUCUGAUGCUUGACUUUUCGAUAUUUCCUGUCUGCUUGACUAUGCUAACUCUAGACACAUUGUUUUAACUGUGCAUAUCAUUCAUAUCUGGGAGACUCUGAUCUUGGGUCUAGAGUCAUUAACUUGAACUUUAUACCUCAGAAAA